AUGUCUGAACAAACGCUCACCGGCCUCGUAGCCAUAGUCUCUGGCUCCAACUCUGGAAUCGGCGCCGCAAUAAUCCACGAACUCUCCUCUCGUGGCGCCAGCACCGUGGUCAACUACCCAUUUCCGCACCUUCGUGCCGAAGCGGAAUCGCUGUCGUCGUCGCUCCCAAAGCCGUCGACAUGUGUGGAAGCCGACAUGUCCAGCAUCAGAGGCCCGAAGUCCCUCGUCGACGCGACAAUAGCAGCCUUUGGCCGACUAGACCUAGUGGUGAACUCGGCGGGCCUGGCAAUCAAUCUCCCUUUCGAGGAGCAAGACCUGUCGCACUGGGACCAGCUCGUCAAUCUCAACGCCCGCGGCGUUUUCCUCCUCACCCAAGCCGCGCUUCCUCACCUUACCGAAGGCCGAGGCCGCAUCAUCAACAUCGUCUCUUUAUCUUCCCGCGCUCCGCCCCCCUUGCAAACGAUCUACGCGGGGACCAAGGGCAUGGUCGACUCUUUUACACGGUGCUGGGCGAAGGAGUUACCCCCAAAGUACGGGUGCACUGUUAACGCAGUUAGCCCCGGCCCUACGAUGACAGAAGGAUUUGAGGCUGCAGGUCACGAGGCAAUGAAGCUGCUGCAGCCUACGAUCGAUGCGACGCCAGUGGGCAAGAGAAUGGGUGAUCCGAGCGAGAUUGCGUAUGCGGUCGCGUUUUUGUGCGAGGAAAGGUCGAGGUGGAUCAAUGGGGCGCAUUUGAUGGCUUGUGGCGGGCUUCACAUUGAUUAG